AUGAAGCAGCACAAGAAGCUCAGUGAAUUACAUUUAUUUGGAAGGCUAGUGACUUUUGAUAUGCAUGAACUCCCCCCAAAUCUGACAAUGCUUACUUUGUCAGUGUCACAGCUGGAACAAGAUCCAAUGCCAAUUCUGGGGAAGUUGCCUCGCCUGAGCAUCCUCAGGCUUUUUGCUAAUUCAUACUUGGGAAAACAAAUGAACAGUCCCCGCAAUGGAUUUCCUGAACUCCGAGUCCUGAAACUAUGGAUGCUAGAAGAGCUAGAGGAGUGGACAGUGGAGGAAGGAUCCAUGCGUGAACUUCAAACAUUAGAGAUCAGAUGCUGCACAAAUCUGAAGCUGCCUGGUGGACUGUACAAUCUGGCUUCUUUAGACGAGCUGACUUUAACGAAUAUGCCCGGAAAGUUUGUCGCAGAUAUUAGAACCAACAUGAAGAGGAGUGUAAAAAUCAGUACACAUUAUUGGAAAUUUCCAACUUUGCCGAAAUAAAUCACAGGCAAUCAAGGCUCCCUGUAGCAGCAAUGCAAGAGUCUUUCUCUAUGGUUGCCCGGGUAUUACAUUUCUGAUUUCUAGUUAUAUUGGCAUUAUAUUCUUAUAUUAAGAAGAAAAGAAUUUUAAUUGU